AUGCCGCUCUCUGUGGGAGGAGGCCAGCUACCGGUCUCCGCGUUCUUUGGUUCCUCUGCCAACCGUUCCGCGAAGCCUCAGCUCAAGCGCAGGCACUCUUCACCUCGCCAGCAGGCUGUACCUCCCAAGAAGCGCAAGCAGAAGGAGAACCUCACUCCCUCUGGCAGCCGGAAUAUUGGCCAUGUCGUGGCCAAAACCACGGGGCACGACGUCGGCAGCUCGCAGCCGCGCCCCCGACGCAGCACUGGUACAGCGAAUGAGGUCGACAUGGGCACAGCGCGCGUCGAGAAAGAGAAGCCUACGCUGGAGAAUGGUCUCAAUGGACCACCGUCGAAAGCAGAUUCAGGAUGCGCCGUCAUUGACCUCACUGACGAUCGUCCUGGAGACAUCGUUCCCCAGCCGAGACCCGUGUACCGACUCGAGACUCCCCCUCUGACGCCCGAAGGUCGGGGUCGUCGUCGAGACCUUGGCAGCAUCGUCUCGCUUCCUUCCCCGCCACUUACCGCUCACGAUGCCAGGAAGCUGAGGAAAAGGGGCAACGAUAGCGAGAAGCAAGAGGAGAAUGUCCAGAAGCUGCCCCACGCUCUUGUCGACCAUGAUGCAAGUCCUGGUGCGGCUGGCGUGAAAGCGUCAAUGCAAGCCUCGCAGUCAAGCGGCACUCCUCUGCAGGACCAGACAAUCGAGCACAAAGACCCUUGUUCUCUAACACGCCCUACAAAUGACCGAGAUUUAAUGCCACCGCCUCCGUUGCCCUUCAAGGCACUCCUGCACUCUUCGCCAGCUUCGUCUCUCACCAUGCCCACUUUGAGCUCUUCUCCGGCGUACAGACCCCAUCCUUCGUCCCCGAUUAGGUGGGUGCCUUCCUCUCAGACGCAAGAGCUCUCUAUCCCUCGCAUCACGGGCCUACCGGACAGGCACUCGUCCGACGAGACACGCCGGGGUCGCCGGAGAUCGGCGACGCAAGUCGUGCCCAGCUCGCAGCCCGACGAGAGGGAGCUCGAGCUUCCUAGCGGCUCCUCCGAUCACUGCGACGUCCACCAACUACGUGCCUGCGAGGCCCGCCCUGGCCCCAACCCCCUACAGGCGAGCGAUACAGACGAGGGCCACGCACACGACACAUCCCCAGGCGAGUUGAUCGAGAGCUCCCAGAGUCAAUUCGAGGUAGAGAUCACUCCAGCCUGGGCGGAGCGCAUCGCCACCAGAAGGGCGGAACUGUGUGGGUCCAAACAAGAGCAGCAGGCCGGCGGCUCCAGCUUGUCGCCGUCCUCCCCCCCGCGCGCGGCCGAGACCCAGGACUACGACGCGGAGUCCGAGUACUCCUCGUCCGUGGACGAGGUCUCGCAGUCCUCUGUGUCCGGCCAGUCGGGACCCAGGUCCAGCACGCCCUCGCAAUACAGGCGCUUCUGCGAGAUGUUCGAGGGCCGGGACGACGACGGGAACGAGCUGCCUCGCGAAGAGACCGCCUCUGCGCGUCGCUCGCGCUCUGCCUCUCCGACGUGGGACCGCGGACGCGAUGCGUGUGAACGCGCAUGCUCGCCGUUGCCAUCGUCGUCGCCUUCUGCGCGUUCUGAUCGUCACAUCCCCCGCGAGGAGGCGACUGCCUCUCCGCAGGCAGAGUGUGCCGUCGACGGGGAAUCAUCUUACGGCUCGUCGUACUCCGAGACGACGCCCACCGCCUUCCGCGAGUACUGGGAGAUGUUCUCGGACUCGCAGAUUCAAGACGCGCCUGAAUACCCGCCUUCGCAGGUGCAGGACGACGAGGGCGGCGUCGAGGGCUUCUGAUGGACUUGCUCUGUGCUGUGCUAUGCUUUGCCGCUCUGGUUGUAUACAGUCUUGGAUGGAAUUCGUGUAUCUAGUAGGUUCUCUGCUCGUACUUCAUUAGCUUACUGCGUCCGCGUCAUAAUUACAGGGUUAUUGCACUGUGACACGGUCAUGUGAGGGUGGUCACACCACCGACCAUUCGAGGAUCGUAACUCAGACGCGGCUGACGGGC